AUGUUAGGUAAUGGAAAUGGUUAUUUUCGCGCAAAUGAAACUAUGAAUACCUGUUUAAGUGAUGAAUUGGAUAGGUUAACAGAAGCUUUUAAUUUUACUCCUGAUUCAAUUUUUGUCGAUAAUUUUUCUGAGCCACAAUUUCCUGACUAUGAUCAACAGCAUAAACUCGGUUCAAAUGCAGCAUGUACGUCAAUUAAUACUGAAAUUGAUUCAGGUGGCAUAUCACCAGCCUCAAGUGAAUCAGGAAUUGACUUAUCGCCACUUAUAUAUUUAGAGGAGCAGUGCGCCGACCUGACACGGCAAGGAGAGCAGCUUUUGAAUUUUGCUUCCCCCUCUGAUAUGCAGAACCAAGAAGACCAGAUUGCACUGCAUUCAGAACCAGUGGUUGAUGUUUCACGACUUGUACCUGUCACUCUUCAAACUGAUAAGCCACCGCUUUUAGCGAAACCACAACUUCUUUGUUUUGUGCCUUCUAAUCAAGUGCAGCCGGAAAAUGUCACUGCACAUUCACCCCAUAUAGCAGUUACCCCACAGAAAAGCGAAACAUAUAUACAGACGGCAUGCAUGUUCAAGAAUUUGUUGAAGGAUUCUGCUUUUUCUCAGGAAUUUGAAAAAAGAAUGGAAAUUCGAAGGUACAAAAAUCGAGUAGCUGCUCAACGCUCGAGGAUUCGUAAACGUGACCAAUUUGCGCAAUUAAAUAUGGAAAUAGCUAAAAAAAAUGCGAUGAUAUCACAAUUAUCGGCUGAAAAUUUGGCACUUAAGGAUGAAAAUGCUAUAUUAAUGCAAAAACUUAAUGCACUACAACAUGAAAAUGAAGCAUUAAAAACAAAAAAAGGCUAUGGGAAAGCAACCCUUGCGUCGCUUUUUGCCGUUGUCUUUUGUUUAACUUUAUGUGGAUCAAAAUUUCCAGUUAUGGAGCCGCUCAACUCAGAUUUGGGUGAUGCUAAAAUAGAUUUAAAGAAAGCAGAAUUUGUCUUUACUCAUCAUGGUCGGGUCGCCCUAUCAGUUGACACUGAUUUAAAUAAUGAAGAAAAUGGCUCUUCGGCGGAACUGGAAGCACAGCAGAACAAUAGUACUCCAGAUAAUAAAGUUAACUGUAUAGAAGCAGUAAGGAAGUAUUGGAACCAGACAGAAGCCAUGCAGUUGAACAAUGACGUUCAGGACUGGGUUGAUCGCCAUGAAAGUCUAAUGCUCUUACAAAUCCAAAAAACUUUCCGAAUUCCUUUACAAAAAUUACGCGAUAAAACUAAUAAAGAAAAAGCAAAACGAGUCGAUAAUUCAGUUUAUGUCACAGAAAAACAAAAAGCAUAUUUUAAAAGAUCGAGACAAGAUAAGGUAGAGGAUGCCCGGCUAAAAGCAGCUCGUGAGAGGUCGUGGAGGCAUAUUGAUAUGAUUAGCAAUACGAAUAAACAAAAACUGAAAGACCCGGAAUCGUUGGGGCAGAAUAAUAAUUUUCCUGAAUGGUUCACGCGUGAUACCGGUCUUUUCGUUCCGUCAAACAUAGAACUACAGUAUAUGGAGCUUUUAAAGACAUUCAAACAGCGAGAAGAUACCCUUUAUUUCAUGUCAAUGAAGGAUUAUUAUUUACUGCCAGCUGUUGAUCGUAAUGGUACCGAACGACCACUUUUGACACUUAUAUUGCCAGCGUUUUCAUAUAAUGGAACGGUUCCUAAUCAGAUCUCAAUGAUGCGGUUAGAGUGUGAAGUUAUUGGAACUGGUCUCUUUCAUAUCCCAGAGUCUAUACUACCAGCAUUUCAUUAUCAACCUUGCAAAUGA